CUAUAAAUUCCUCAGAUCAGAACUACACAUUCUCAAAGAGUGUUUUUCUUAAAAAAUUAGCACUUACAACACAUAGAGAGAAAGAGAGAGAUGGAGCUCUAUGACCAGGAUUUCUUGGACGAAUUAAUGGCCCUGAGAAGAGAAACAUGGGAAACCAAUCCAAACACAGAAGAAAACCAGUUCUUCUCCAAUGGCUUCAGUUUUGACAGUUUUGAUCAAAACUCUCUUGGCUAUCUCCCAAACUCUUCUCAAGUUCCCCAAAGUUACAACAAUGACUACACCUUCAAUGAAAUUUAUGGCUCCUUACUUGAAGAAUCCUCAUCCUCAGCACCACCACAGGUUAUGGAUUCAUACUAUAAUUAUUCCCUUGAUACUCCCUUUAAUAUCCCUCCAUGUCCUUUACCAAAAGACUUUCCAUUGUCCAUGAUGGAAGAAGAGGAUCCAGGUUUGCUUGGGGAAGAGCUUCAGAACAUGGAGCUGCAAACCACUUGCAAAAUGGAGCCAGCAACACAGUCCCCUGAACCUGAAAUGCCAGUUUUCAACAUGGGUGGUGUCGGUCUGGAAAGAAAGAAUAGAGCAAAGAAGGUGCAGGGACAACCCUCAAAGAAUCUAAUGGCAGAGAGGAGAAGAAGAAAGAGGCUAAACGAUCGCCUAUCGAUGCUAAGAGCAAUUGUCCCCAAGAUAAGUAAGAUGGACAGAACAUCUAUACUUGGAGACACUAUUGAUUACAUGAAAGAGCUUUUGGAUAAGAUCAACAAUCUGCAACAAGAAGUAGAAGUAGAUUCAAAUAUGGCAGGCAUUUUCAAAGAUGUAAAGCCAAAUGAAAUCCUAGUGAGAAAUUCACCUAAGUUUGAGGUGGAGAGGAAUGUUGACACCCGGGUCGAAAUUUGUUGUGCAGGCAAGCCAGGCUUGUUGCUAUCAACAGUAAACACCCUGGAAGCAUUAGGCCUUGAGAUUCAACAAUGUGUCAUUAGUUGUUUCAAUGAUUUCACAAUGCAGGCUUCUUGCUCGGAGGAAUUGGAGAGAAGGACAACACUUAGUUCAGAAGAUAUUAAGCAAGCACUAUUUAGAAGUGCUGGUUAUGGAGGAAGAUGUUUGUGAGAGUAGAAUACUUUGUCAUGAGAAGAUUUCCAUUGGUGUUGACUGGUUUUGUUUUCUCACAUAUGCCAAAUACAAAGGCAAAUAAAUUGAAAUGUCAGGGUGUGAUGGAAUAAUCUUUAUGAUUCUUAGGCUCACUUACCAAUGAUAAAUGUUCAUGUGAAUGUGAUCAUGAAUACAAUUAGGGGAAGAGAGGGCCUAGUUAAUAGUUAAUUGCCCCCUGAGGAUUAAGAAGAUGCAUGUGCAGAGGUUCAUGCAAUAUUGUUAACAUAAUAAGAGAGUAAAGUUUGAGUUUUUGUUUCUAUUCUUUUCA